AUGGAGUUAAUUUUACCUAACAAGUUUGAACAUCUCCUUGAUGAACCAUCUGAUGACAAAUACUGGGUCCAAGGUUACAAAAAGGUGACUGAAUGGAAUACUACAAGGCAAAAAAAUGAGUUUGAUACCAUCAUGAAUAGUCUGUUUUGUACCGACACAAGCUGUUUAGCUAUAAUUUCAAAUUUUGAUAUUGUUUAUAGCUUUGUGUACCACUGUGAAGAACUUAAGCCUGAAAAUCAAGAGCUUUUGACUGAUAUGCUGUCUGCAAGUUUAAUAAACUUAGUAAAGCUUGCAGAUGUGAAGCAAGAAGAUUCGACUGAGCUUAGAAAUGCUUUUAAAAUGUAUUGCAAUUUCCUGUGGAUGGCGCUGUUUUGGCCUUGAUUUUCCCACUGGAAAAAUUUUUGGUUUGAUCAGUACCAUAUGGUUUGGUCAAACCAAAAAAUUUCCCAGUGGAAAAAUCAAGGCCAAAAUAGCGCCAUCCAUGGGAAUUAGAAUACAUUCUUCUUCUUUCACAUAUUUUUGCUAACUUUUUAUUAUAAAUAAUUUUUUUUUAAAAAAAAUAUUAUUAAAAAAUAUCCUUGCCAGAGUAAGCUAAAGAACCAAAAUUUAGCCAAAGCUCUUUUAAAAGCUUUGAAAGCUAUUAAAUCUGCUUUGCAGAAUGCUUUAAAAGCAGUCUACCCUGGAGGAGUCCCUGAAGAUCGAUUAAUUGAAUUAAUCAUCGACAUCACAUUUUUCGAAAUAGAAAAAGGCCAAAGAGAAGAGAUAUGUGAGAUCAUGAACUGUGUAGCAGAGCAUGCUAAGACAGAAAUGUGGGUUGGCUGGAGAGCGAGAGCUGUAAACCUCUUAUUUGGGGAACAGUCGGCAGUCAUCGGACCAAUAGCUUCCAUUGUGAAGCAUCAGCCAACUUUGGUCUGUGACCUUCUUAAAGCUCUUUCUAUAGCUGCUUUAGAGCAACACAAAUAAAAUGGCGACGACACCGACCCGUCCUCUCCCGGAACUGUGGCGAGAUUGGGGACUUUGCUGCGGCCUGAAGCCAAUCCGCCCAGGGAAAGGUCUGGAAUGGGUACUGGCAGUUUGUGUCCGGCUAGGUUUCCCUCCCAGUCCAGCAACCACGAUCCUAGGGUCGUCCCGAUAGGACACGGGGCAAAAAGGGUUUUUCCUCUAGGGACCGCUAGUGCCAAUUUGGAGGGCAUGGCAGGAGCCGGCAAGAGCUAAGGAGUUAAUUCUUAGCUCUAACCCUAGUCUGGCGACGUGAAGCACGGUGACCCAGUUCGCCUACUUCCGGGAUAGCAUGACCAAGCCCCAUGACCGGAAGGAGCUGAGUGGUAGCCUGUGGCACUUAGGUGCACACUGGGAGCAGGUCAAGGAAAGCAAGCGAGGCGUCCAAAAGGCGGAAGAAAGGACCUUCGGUCCUGGCCGGGAGCUACUUUAUAAAUUUAACUAAGACUAAGACUAAGCUGCUUUAGAGCAAAACCCAGCAAAUGAUACAAACGGGAUAUAUUUUAUUCAAUUAAAUCUGAUUACGAUAAAGAUUUUCUUAUUUAAUAAAAUUUUCUGGCAAAUUUAAGCCAAAUUUGAAUAAAAAAUGUGGGAGCUUUUAUAGAGAAACUUUCAGCUAAUUUGCCAAGAGAAGUUUUGCAAAAUCUUCCAACUCUGAUAGGACUUUUUGACUGUGAGUCUUAUACUUUAAGGAACUCUAUUAUAACAGCUAUUGGAGAGAUCGUAUGCUUCUUAAUCCGAGCUGAUCAAAAUGAAGCUACUGAAAAAGACACAGCAACAACAUAUAGAGAACAGCUGCUACAAGGACUCCAAGACCGUAUUCUUGAUAAAUCCAGCUUUUGCCGCGCAAGAGUCAUUGAUGUCUUCAUAACCCUAAACAAAGAAAACUUACUUCCGAGACAUUGGUUUUUGCCAAUUCUUAAUAUAGCGACUUCAAGGCUUCAUGACUGUACAGUUCUUGUAAGAAAAAAAGCUUGUCAAUUAUUUGAAUGCUUGAUUUAUCAAAAUAAGCUAUAUAUAAUUCUCUAAAUAUUCCUCCUCUCUGUAUCCCAAAUAUCUUUUUUUCCCUUAUAAAAUGUCCAAUUUCUCAUAAUCCGCGAUAAUAUUUUAUAUCCAAAAAUAUACUUGAAGGGGGUAUGAAAGUCGAAAAUAAAAAUUUAAUCGACGAGCAAAUAGACAAACUUAAUUUUAAUUAAUUAUAUUUCUUCUUUGUUUAAUGUCAAAUACCAUAUUAACUAGACGGGCUUUCGCUUCUGCUUCGGAGUUCCACGCAUACCACGCGUCGUCCACCACCUGGCCUUGAUCUGAAUAUUCUUCAGCUUCAGGCAUUCGAAUUUCUAUGUCUGUCCUUCAAUUCCCUGGCAAAACUAACUUAGGUUUGCCAGACACACUAAAGGGUCGAAUCUGGGGUGGCACACUUUAGAAAAUUCGAAUUCCCUGGAUAAUCAAAAUUGUGCAAAGGGAGACUUCUGUUCAUGAGAACAGAAUAUUCAAGUGCCGCUAAGUUUUGAUUAUGACGAAAAAUAAACAAAACUAAAAUAAAACUCGAGUCCUUGCAACGUGCUUGUGAUGGACAAGUAGACGAAAGUUUAAAUAAUAUAGAGCCAGAAGACCUUCAAAUGAUGUAUGUAAAAGAACAGUUAACUGCCAAAUUUUUAACAGAUUAUGCAGACAUGAUAAAACUGCUAGAGCAUGGGUCAAAAAUAUUAAAAGAAUUAUUAAAAAGCAAAAACAGCUCAGAUAUCACAGGAGCUAUAGAUGGGCUGGUUGCUUGCAAUCUAAGAGGGAUAACUACUGCAUAUGAUGCUGCAGCAUCCAUGCUCUCUUUAAUAUGGAACAGAGAAACUACAGUAAGAAAAACUGUUUUGCAGGCUUUUAGUAAUAUAUAUUUGAAUUUAAAAUUGCACAAUGAAGAAGAAGUUGUGGCAAACUUGCUUGAGCUUAUAGAAACUUUGACUACAGGCCAAUUGACUUCUUUGGAAGAUUUAUUUUGUAAAGUCAUGAAUUGGUAUCAAAAUAUGAAUAUGCCUAUUUACAAUGAAUAUAAGCCUUCUUUAUCCUAGCAAAUAUCCUAUUAUAAAUAUGAUAGCUGACGAGUAGGAUUUAUUACAACAGAUAUAUUUAUUUAAAAUUAUUAAUUUAGAUUAAAUCCUAUAUUUUGUGAACUCCUUCAGCAGCAGUCAGUCCCACCCCAAAUUUUGAAAAAAAUUUGGUCUGUCUUUAAAAGCAGUGUCUCCUAUCCUGCUGCUUGUAUUUUAAGAUUUACUGCUUCUUCAGACCCUUCUUUCUUAAACAGAAGAUACGACACAUUUGCAGCAAGAGCUCUGCAGCUAGCAGGGGACUGGAAAAUCUUUAGAGAAACCUUGGUCGCUUUUCAAAAACUUGAGCAUCAAGGUGAAAAAACUGACCAAUUCAUAGCUCAAGCCAUCCACAAAUUAUUUGAAUUUGACGGGUCUGGGUGGUUUUCUGUUGCUGAGCAGCUUGUCAGAGCUGCUUCCACAAUUUGUAAUCAGCCAUUAACUGUCUUAAAAGCAUUUGCCGUACAAAGCCUUAAACCUCUUACAGAUGGCAAAAACUCAGAAAUUGAAGUCGCUAAAGCAAUAUUUGUAGGCACAGAAAUUGCAAUGAAAACUGUCGUAUAUGGUGACAAAAUGGCUUUAAAGUACAAAAAAUCAAUGCUAACUGGUGGAAAACAAGAUGAAAUGGACGAAAUCAGUGGUGGAAAAGCAGCACAAGUAGAAAAUGAGCUGCAAGCAUUAAGAAUUUCUCAAGAAAAAAUCGUAACAACUGGGAUUUUAGGGAAACUUACACCACUUAUACUUUCCCUUUCAACACGUAUGGAUAGUAUAAAAACCAGCAUCCUUAAAAAAUCUGUGGUUUUAUCACUAUCAAAAAUCAUGUGUAUAAACCCAGCAAUCUGUGAAAAAUAUUUGCCAACACUAAUAAAUAUCGCUCAAAAUGGUGACUGUGCCUCAAUGAGGAGUUCUGCAUUAAUAUCUCUAGGCGACCUUGUUAUGAGGUAUCCUAACCUUCUUGAGCAAUACUCCGAGCAUUUAUUUGCAAGACUCAAAGAUCCUGAUACAAAGGUGGGCAAAAAAGCUCUGCUUGUGAUUUCUCAUUUAGUCUUAAACGAUAUGCUAAAAAUGAAAGGGCUGAUGGGAGAAGUACUUCAGUGCUAUUUAGAAAAAGACUUAAAAAAGGUUGUAUGCAUUUUCUUGCAGGAACUCCACCAAAAAGAUGCAAAUACUAUAUAUAAUAUGAUCCCAGACACUAUCAGCAAGCUUCUUCAGUCCUCAAUCCCUCAUCCACAGUUCAAAAGAAUUGCUGACCUUUUAUUUUCUUAUAUUGAAAAAGAAAGACAAGGAGAAAAUUUAGUUGAAAAAUUAUGCCACAAGUUUUUAAUGUCAAGCAAGGAUGAAGUAUUAAAUAUUGGGUAUUGCUUGACAAGGAUACCAAUAGGAGAAAAAGGGAUGAGGAGACUCCUUGAUAAUGUGUCGACCUGGCAGAAUAGACUGUUAGAGGAUGGAAUAUUGGCGGGAUAUUUCAAUGAAAUUUUAACAAAAUGCAAAAAGAACUGGAAACCUGAGUCGAAAAUUUUGUUAGAUGAAUUUGAAGCAGGGCUUAGAGGAGAUGAAGAGGUGUCGAGAAAAAGAAAAGUUAAAGCAUAA